AAAAUUCAAACACACCCAUCUCAGCUUUUCUAUCAUCUCUUUUCGAAAAGAAUCGAUCGUGCGUUCCAUCAUUUCCUAACACAGGCAAGAAAAGACGAGCACUUGCUCUUCUCGAUUUGUUGGAAGCAUGAAGAAUCCAAACACUCAUAUCUUCUUUUAUGCGUUUCUCCUCCUCCUCAUCUUUCAUUCACGCCAAACAACAUCACAAGAAGUUGAGGAUGAGAGUGAGUUUGAUUAUAUUCAAGGGAGUGAAAGGGGACCUGAACAUUGGGGAGAAAUGCAUGAGGAAUGGGCCAUGUGCAAGAACGGUGAUAUGCAGUCUCCUAUUGAUUUAUGGCACGAAAGAGUUGAAGUGGUCCCGAAUUUAGGAAGAUUAAAAAGGAGUUACAAGCCCUCAAAUGCAACAUUGAAGAAUAGAGGACAUGAUAUUAUGUUGAAGUGGAUCAACAGUGCGGGCUCGAUUUACCUCAACGGAACCGAAUACAUGCUCAAUCAAUGUCAUUGGCAUUCACCAUCGGAGCAUACCAUCAAUGGCCGAAGGUAUGCCUUAGAGGUGCACCUGGUACACGAGAGCUUGGACAAAAGGAUUGCCGUGGUAGGAGUCAUGUACAAAAUUGGAAGACCUGACACAUUUCUUUCGGAGCUGAUGGAGCAGAUAGGAUCUAUUGCUGAUAGCCACGAAUUAGAAACAAAAGUGGGGGUGGUUGAUCCAAGGCAUUUAAAGAUGGGAAGCAGGAAAUAUUAUAGGUACAUGGGCUCUCUCACCGUCCCUCCUUGUACGCAAGGUGUUGUUUGGACACUUCUGAAAAAGGUGAGGACUGUUUCAAGGGAACAAGUGAGAUUGCUAAGGAUGGCAGUUAUGGAUGUGAGUUCUUUGCAUUGAUACUACUCCAUAAAUAUUAUGCAGAGAAGAAUGCGAGGCCCACACAACCAAUCAAUACACGUGCCGUGCUUCUGUACAGUCCAUCGACUUGAGUUCAUCGUGAGAAAUAUACAGUUUUGACAGAUGCAUUACUUAAAAACUCUCUUAUGCUUCCAAAAUGAGUGAAGGGUAUUGAAAUGAGUUCUUUAUAUUUGAUAGUAUUUUUUAUUCUUUGUACUUGUUAGAACUCGAAUGAUAUGAAAAGGCAUCACAGCCAUAAUCAGUACCACUCACAGCAGGCUUGUGGGCCUAAUCCUCUUUGGGUCAUACCAUUGCAAGUAUGUAGU